UCACACUGAAACCACAGCCAAAAAUCCAUAUUUAAACUAGAAAUAAACUGAAAUCAAAUAAAGUUCGUUUCGUAAGUGACCAAGCAAAUGUUUAUUAAAAGCAAUGCAAUGGCAAUGUUCAAAUGCAUUUUAUGAACAUUGCUGCUGUCCACCAACACCCGCCGCCGCCACCAUAGCUUAGCUAAAAAUUUAAAUUUCGAGUCGGGUCUACAAACUUGGGAUUUAGGUGAUUUAAAUGUAUUAAAAGUGAAAUCGCAGUGCACCGUGAACAAAUAAUUUGCGUUGGCCCCGAAAGUCAGCUCAUAUUGAAUAUAUUUUAUGGUAAAGUCCAACAAAAUGGAAAUGAAUCCAGCCGCAGCGACAGCCACAGCCACAGCCACAGGCGGCGGCACAGCAAGACGAGAACGAAUCGAGGAUGACGCAGCCACAGCCACAUCCACACCCACAUCUUCAUCAGCAUCCACACCCGCCUCCAUUGCCGCCGACUACAUGCGCAACUUUGAGAACAUCAUAGAGCCGGGAAAGGAGGCCUCCAUGACCAGGGAAUUCAAUCCGCAGGUGGCCUACGAAUUCGAGCGCUAUCUCAAUCCGCAGAAGCUCAAACAGCAUGUGCUGGGCAGCGAAAAGCUGCGCUCCAUACUGGAGCACUAUGCACGGGAGACCAAACAGCCGCUGAAGAAGAUGCAGCAGCAGGCCAAGGCCAUUAUCGAUGAGAUUGGCCUGGACAGAAAUAUGGCCAUAAUACGUUGGUGCGGCAUUGCCAUAACGGCCAUUGGCCAGCGGAUCUGUGAUGGUUUCUAUGUGAAUUCGGCCAGCAUGGCGAAUGUGCGCAAGGACAUGGGCAAGUGUCCGGUUCUGUAUUUGCCAAGCCAUCGCAGCUACAUGGACUUCAUACUGAUGUCCUACAUAUGCUACUAUUACGACAUUGAGAUACCUGGCAUAGCAGCAGGAAUGGAUUUCCAUUCAAUGUUCGGCAUGGGCACAAUGCUCAGGAAAACGGGAGCCUUCUUCAUGCGACGCAGCUUCUCCAACGACGAGCUCUACUGGGACAUCUUUCGGGAGUACAUGUAUGCCCUGGUGGCCAACUAUCACAUUGGCGUGGAGUUCUUCAUUGAGGGCACACGCUCGAGGAAUUUCAAGGCACUGGUGCCCAAGGUGGGACUGCUGUCGAUGGCCCUGCUGCCCUACUUCACGGGCGAGGUGCCCGAUGUGAUGAUUGUGCCCGUGAGCGUGGCCUAUGAGCGAGUGCUGGAGGAGCAGCUGUUCGUGUACGAGCUGCUGGGCGUGCCCAAGCCCAAGGAGUCCACAAAGGGCUUCUUCAAGGCGCUCAAAAUAAUUGACGAACGCUUUGGCAAGAUGUUCCUGGACUUUGGCGAUCCCAUUUCGGUGCGAGAGUUCUUUGGCCAUGACAGUGGGCAACGCAUGCAGCGAGCCGGCGUGGGCGGACAUCUCCAGAAGCUGAAUCGGCAGGAGAUCGAACUGGUCAAGCAGCUGGCCAAUGAGAUCAUCUACCAGCAGCAGCGACGCAUUGUCAUCAACACCUUUAACCUGCUCAGCCUCUACUAUGCCAGCCAGCUGUAUGCCCAACGUUCGGCAAACAUCGAUGAGCUGUCGCGUGGCAUGCUGCACCUGAAGCGCAUCUUCAAUCAGCUGGGUGCACAUGUGAGCAUCAAGGCCAGCAGCAUCAAGGCGGACAUCAUUGACGCCGUGGAGAUACACUCGAAUAUUGUGCAGUUUUCGAAGGCAAGGCUACAGUUUACGCCGCUGGCGGCCAAACAGUUGGCCACACAGAUCGAUGUGACGCGCAUGAAGGCGCAUGCCCUCUGUCCCUCAACCAUGGCCGUGGCUGUGCCCAUGCUGGCCCUGCAGCUGUAUGUGAAUCCGUGCCUUUUCUGGCUGGCCAGACCCGCCUAUCUGCUGCUGGCUGCGCUCAAGGAGCAGCGCAAACAAGAAGAGCAACAGCCGAGCAGCAGCAGCAUCAGCAGCUGCACCUACGACAGCACUCUGUCUGCGCUGCAUUCGCAUGUGAGCAUCAUGGAUAGCCUGUUCCAGCAUGAGUUCAUCAUUGAAUCGAAUCGUGAGGCGGUCGAAUUCGAGACUCAUCUGCAGCUGCUGCUCGAUGAGAAAGUGCUGGACCUGGAGGAGAGUGGCAGAAUCAAGGUGCAGGACAAUGAGUGCGCUCAUGUCAUACUGGCCGCCCUGGCGCCCUUUCUGUGUCUCUACUACCAGCUGGCUGUGACGUUGCGACAGGUGCCCUUUGACAUUGAGUUUAGCAACAAGGAUCUGCUGGUGCGCGUGCAGAAGCAUGUGGAGCAGCUGCUGCAGCAGCCUGGCGGCGCGGCACCGCAUGUUCAUCCGUAUUGCCUGGCCCUGGACAAUCUCAAUAUUGCCAUCCAGGCACUCAUCCAGCGUGGCUACAUUCUCAAGUGCCGCGACUCGGGACAGCUGCGCGUCGCUGAUGUGCCCGGCAAGUGCCUGCGGGAGUUGGAGCAGCAGUUGCUGGAGUACUGCCAAUUGAUGCCAUUCGCACAGUACUCGAUGGCGGCCAACCAGCAGGCGCAGUGCCACAUAGCAAAGUUAUAACUGGCAAUGGCAAACGGCGGCGGCGGCAGCGGCAGCGGCGGCAACCAGCCAUCAUCCUCCACACAUUGUAGUACAAUUUUCAUUGCUUUGUUCAUCCAAUUCAUACGCUUCAUUGUCGGCCUGCUCAAGAAUUGUCGCAUCAUCUGCAUACUGUUUGUUUUUGUGAUUGUGGCGCCACUCUGGCAGCUGCUCCGUUGGCUCAUCGCCACAUCCUCCACGCAUUCCCCGACGUAGGCUUAAGAGGGUCGUCCUGGGGGUUAGGGGUUCUGAUUGUUGUCUGUCUUUAGGUCUAAGAAAUUCAUUAUUUCCGAGGAGUAACAGCGCACUAGAUCCACACAAAGAACGCCAAAAAAGAUAAAUCCUUAAACACAAAAAAUAAUUUUUUAAGAGGAAAAUUCGUUAGAAUUUUUGCUGCCUAACGGAUGCUGCAUUUUCACGUGGCACAAAAUAAUUUAGAACACAUUUUAGCGCACAAAAGAGAAACGAAGCCGUUUUCUUGCCAAACAUAAUUCGGACACAAAACAAGACUCAAAAUCAAUUAGAAAAAAUCAUUUGAAUACCAAGAAUUAAUUUAAUAUUUUUGGGUAUAUAUUUAAGAUUUUAAUUGAAUCAAAAAAAGUGACAUAUUUUAUAUAUACAAUAUUUUUUCUGUUGUAAGUGGGCUUGCUUUAUUUUAACAUUUGCCAAAAAGAAAUAUUAUGGAAAGAAUUUUAUUUUAAACAAAAUUUAAGCAUAAACUUUGUUUGAAAAUUCAAAUUUGAAUUUUUAAGAAUUUUAAAGCGCAGAUUUAAAUUUCCUUUGAACGAAUUUUAAUGCACAAAAAGUUGUAUUCUUAAAAUUCAAUUUCAAUUAUGUAAAAAUAACGCAAGAAAUUUGAAUUUAAAUACAUAAUUGAUUUAAAAAAAAUCAUUUUGCAUUCUUUGGCAAUUUUAAAUAAAGCUACAUCACACACAAGAUUUCCAUUUUGAGAUGGAAUAAUCUUGAAAUUUUUAAGGGCUAAAAUUAAAAAAAAAAGUUUAUUGUAUAUUGAAUCGUUUAGUUUUUCGGCCAUUUGUUUUUUGAACAUUUAAUAUAAAGUUAGUUUUUAGUUUUGUUUGAUUAUUUUUUAAGUUGUUUGAAUUUUGUAUUUUUAGUACAUUCCCAAAACCGGAAAUCACAUAUUUUUGUAUAGUUCCACUGUGCCAAUGCAAGAGUCAUCGCGGCGGGGGCACUUUUACGGAUUAGCUAUAGAAUAAUAUAUUGGAUUGGAUCAUUCGGGUCGAAAAAAAAGAGUUCCUGGGGAUCCACACAGCACAAGAGGGAAGUCUGCAAAGUGCAAUAUAUAUAUAUAUAUAUAUAGUAAAUGUUUUAUGUCAUGAUAUUUUUAGAUACUUUUUAUUUUAUUUUUGUGGUAGCAAAUUUUAUAUUUAUAAUAGAACUUAAAAGUGAACAACACCAAUCCUAAACUACACAAAUUCAACAAGAAACCAGAGCAAUAAUAAAGAAUUUAGAAAGAUCACAA